GAGUGACGGCUGCACCAGCUCUCCAUCUCACAUGCGAGCACAGGGCUUCUGCAGCUCAGACCGCCGAGGUAUUUUAUUGCACUAAUCAGUCAAGUCAGGCCAGUGCUACGAUGGCUGAGCCCAGCACGCAGUCCCGUGUCUACUUUCAGUCCCCAAGCAAAGAAGAGGAGCCUCAGUCACAGCGGAAACUGGGCAAAUUCACGGUCCGGUACGACAGGAAGGAUCUGCAGAGGAGAUUGGACAUCGAGGAGUGGCUGGACUUUCAGCUUCACCAGUUGUACGGGUGUGAGGAGGAAGAAAUCCCAGAACUUGAGAUUGACAUUGAUGAACUGCUAGAAAUCUCGGAUGAAGACCAGCGUUCCAAGCUCCAGGAGAUGUUACAUGAAUGUUGUAAACCCACAGACGAUUUUAUUAACGAGCUGCUAAUUAGAAUAAAAGGCCUUCGAAAAAUGACGGUCUCUCAAAAGAAGUGACAUGGAGUACCACCAGCAAAGGAAUGGAAUUGCCGAG